GAGUUGAAUGAAUCCUCUCCUCCUUCUCCUCCUGCUGCUCGCGCAUUAAAGGCGGCGUCGGCGGCAGCAGCAUGAGCUCCCCGGCAGGAGGAAGGCGGAACCAGCCCCCGCGCCGAGAGGAGCCGCCGCCGGCAGAGUCCUCCUUGCGCCAGGGAUGCUGAGCCGCGGAGCGGGGGCGCCGGAGAGACACCGCCCCCCUUCCUCCUCCUCCUCGCCCCCUGCCCAGCCUCGCUAGCCCCGCUCCGGGGCGGGGGUCCUCCUCGAUGAAGCCGCGGCCGCCGGUGCCCGCUCCAGCGCAGCCGAGCAGCCCCAUGAAGAGCGCUUGAGGAGGAGGAGGAGGAGGAGGAGGGCGGCGAGGGCUGCGCUGCUGCUGCUGCCGCUGCCCCCAUGGCGAAGGAGCGGAGGAGGAAGGCGCUGCUGGAGCUGCUCCCCCGGGAGGGGAAUGACGUGUGUGCAGACUGCCAUGCCCCCGAUUUGCUUUUGAUUCACACAUGCAUGAUGACCGAGACAUCGAAUGCCAGUUUGCAUGUGUGGACAGUUGUCCAUUCCAGAGGCAGUCCCGCGGAGGGAGCUUACACGGCCCUCUCCACGCAUUCGACGCUGCCUUCACUGGCGGAUUAAAGAAGAGGCAGGAGAGGCGAUUGCCUAUGGCGGCAAAAUUCCCCCAGCAGCAAAUUUUGGUCAGUGGAGCCCGCCCACCUCCCAAAUGAUUGCAAUCGCCCAACUUUAUCACCCAGCUUAAUCUGCUCCUGGCUGCCGUCCUCAGGUCCAGACUGGGCCUCUCAUUCUCUAGGAGUGUUUAUCUGCUUAAAUUGCUCAGGGAUCCAUCGCAACAUCCCACAAGUCAGCAAAGUGAAAUCUGUCCGUUUGGAUGAAUGGGAAAACGUGCAAAUUGAGUUUAUGGCUUCCACGGGAAACAAUGCAUCAAAAGUAAAAUACGAAUCGAAAAUCCCACCAUUUUAUUACAAGCCAACUUCUUCCGACUGUCUGCUGCUACGAGAACAAUGGAUCAGAGCCAAAUAUGAAAGGAAAGAAUUCAUUUGCAUUGAGAAGCAAGAGCCUUACUCUGCAGGGUACCGGGAAGGGUUUCUUUGGAAGAGAGGCCGCGACAACGGGCAGUUCCUGAGCAGGAAAUUUGUCCUCUCUGAACGGGAAGGAGCGCUGAAGUAUUACAACAAGAAUGACGCAAAAGAGCCCAAAGCCGUUAUGAAGAUUGAGCAUUUAAAUGCAACUUUCCAGCCGGGGAAAAUAGGAAACCCGCAUGGACUGCAGAUCACCUACCUGAAAGACAACAGCACACGGAACAUCUUCGUCUACCAUGAGGAUGGCAAGGAAAUGGUGGACUGGUUCAAUGCCAUCCGUGCUGCACGGUUCCACUACUUACAAGUGGCAUUCCCCGGAGCGAGCGACACAGAUUUGGUGCCAAAGCUUUCUAGGAACUACCUGAAAGAAGGUUACAUGGAAAAAACUGGGCCAAAGGUGGGACACGCUGUGUUUUCUCAAACCGAAGGCUUCAAGAAGCGCUGGUUUACCAUGGAUGACCGAAGACUAAUGUAUUUCAAAGAUCCCCUGGAUGCCUUUGCCCGGGGGGAGGUUUUUAUUGGAAGCAAAGAGAACGGCUACAAGGUCUUGGAAGGACUCCCGCCAUCCACCCAGGGAAAUCACUGGCAGCAUGGCAUCACCAUCACAACCCCAGACCGGAAGUUUCUCUUUGCCUGCGAGACGGAAAGCGACCAGCUGGAGUGGAUUGCAGCUUUCGAGAAAGUGAUCAGCAGGCCCAUGUUGCCGCAGGAGUACGCAGUGGAAGCCCAUUUCAAACAUAAACCAUAACCCUGUCGGGCGACGCACAGCCAGUAAGUGAGUAUCUGUUUACAACACAGCACCAUUGUUUCUUCUUUGCAACUUGAACGGUGACAAAAUAUUCAAUGGAUCACAUCGGACAACGAGGCGGGAGGUGUUUACAGCAGCGCUUGGACAAGUGCUGAAGAUGCUGCUGAGCCAGUACAGACAUUUUGGAAACACCGGGGUUCCCGCGCUGGAGGGGACGUGGCUUUUGCAUCUGGGGCUCGCCACGGCCCCCGCUUGGUGGCGUUGCCCAUGCCCUUGAACUUGCACCCUGCGCACCUCACUACAUUGAGUAAGGAAUCCUCCCUGAGGCUGGGUCUGCCCUUGGCACUGGAGAUUCCGAAGGCUGCUCAAACCCUGCCCUCCUCCCCGCUUUGCUCUGGGCCAAGCUGUCACGAUAACGCGCUGUCGUCCAGAAUGGUCCCCCAAAGCGGGUACUCCUCUCCAAGAUCAUAUUUUCCGAGAAUUAGUCGCUUGGCAGAAUCUAGCAAACGUCCAGGGAGUGAUGCCCUUGCUUAGCUUGAACCCCACUCUCCACAACUAGGAAGAACCAGCGCGAAGCCCAAGAGGUGUGGUGCAUGAUGCUGCAAUGCUGAUGCAAGAUGAGGCGCCAUGUCAAUAUCGUGGCCCACGAGGGCAUUCCUUAACACUCCUGUUUUCAUAGCUAGUGGCCCUCUUCAUUGGUUCUUGUUGGCUGCUUGCCUGCACUCACUUGGUGCUGCUUCAAGGGAUGAAGUGUCUGCUUGGAGAGAUUAACUCCGUCACAGUGUUGGGGCUCUGGAAACUCUUCCAGCAGUGCCCACCAUGAAAGCCAACUGGACUCCAGAGUUUGUGGGCCCACCAAACCUCUGGCUGUGGAUGCAUGUCUGGGACUAACAGGAGAGGUGGCUGAAUCCUGAAAAGGUCAAACUGUCUGGUCGGUGAGCUAUAUUGUGCAAGUCUGGUUGAAGAAGUGUGCUAAGAAUAACCUCUGCUUGUCUGAGCUUCAUGAAUCUCUGUGUUUUCAACAAAGGGCAGCCAUUCAUUGUUGUGCGAUUUAAAAGGCAAGUAAAUCUCAAAAGGUAACCACUUUUUUAAAAAAUGAAGGGCACAGAGUUUUCAUUUGCACUUGUUCUGCCUGUCCACAUACAUUCCUCCUCCUCUUUAAACUUCCUCCUGAACUGCGACUUUUGUUACUGGUGUGAUUUUUACAGGAACCGUGAUGUUGACCUGUGGGAAAUGACGAGCAACCUAACACUUUUAAUUAUUUGAGGGACUUGCUUCCAGGUAAACAUGGCCCAAUGAUGAGAUAGUUAAAUAGAUGCUUAAAUCUCUCGCUGAAUUUCAUUGCUCCCUGGGCAAUGAAAUUAUGACUGGAUGAUGGAGUGACAACUUUGUCCCAUUGAAGUGAACGGAGAAGUCCUAUGCAGAGGCAAACCAUGUGCAUAAGGGCAAAGGACGGAUGUUCAGGGUUUCUUCUGUGCAAUUAAAUCACAACAUAGAAAGUGACCCUAACAGAGAAAACUGGGGGUGGGGGUGGGGAAUGAGUCAUGAAAGCCUCCCAAAGGGGGGAUUCACUUAAACUACUCGUUAGUAAGGGACUGACCCUGCUUCCCCCACAUCUCUUUUGAGUGUAUGUGGCCAACAAGGGACCAGCUUGGGUCAAGUGAAGCACACGGGGUUUUUUCUCUGUAUCAUCAUUACCAUUUUCUCUUCAUCUUGCUGCUGCUAUGCUUAAAACUCAGCUUUAUAGGCAGCUGCAGUGCACUCACCAUGGCCAGUAGCCAGGCUCUGGAUGGAGUGGAUGGUAGAUUUUGGACCUUCAGUAAGAGAUGCAGAAGGUGGGAUAAGCGUCUCAGAAACAGUCAUGCAAGGAAGUCAAGGUGCCUGUCAAAUGCCACCUUGAUCAGGAGGUUUAGAUACAGAUUGACCACCACCUUUCAGUGAAUAAGGGGACAGCAUUGACCAUGCGGUGCCUUAUUUAAAGGUUUUCUCCAGAGCCCAUGACCCCUCAGGGCAACUGACUCGCUUUGCUGCCCUUGGAGUUGGCCAUGCUGGUAGCCAGGGCCACCAUGUUUUUGACAAAGCACACCGCUGCUAAGAGCGACUUUUUAAAUGUGUCUGCCACUUUCCUACAGAACCCACCCAUAGUGGCUGGCUUGUAGAAGGACACAACGUAGAGAACGUGAGCAGGCCUCUUUGGAGGCAGCUUGGAUGGAGCCCGUGCUUGGUUUUGUGACAUGUGCAAAUGGUACCCAUGGUUUUGUUUCUUUUCUUUCUAAAGCAAAGAUGUCCAAGUGAAUUCUAAGUUAGCUAAUGCAGCACAGAUGGAAGUCACUAUUUGCAAGUAGAUGUAUAGUUUCCAACAGGAUACAGCAUGGUAAUAGGUAAUGUUCUGAUGUUGAGUUGGUGUCGACUCCUGGCGCCCACAGAGCCCUGUGGUUGUCUUUGGUGGAAUACAAGAGGGCUUUACCAUGGCCAUCUCCCGCGCAGUAGGAGAUGAUGCCUUUCGGCGCCUUCCUAGAUCGCUGCUGCCCAACAGAGGUGCUUCCCAUGUUGUCUGGGAAACAUACCAGCAGGGAUGCAAACCGGCAACCUCUUGCUCUCUAGGCAAGUUACUUGCCCGCGGCGCAUGAGCCAUAUUUCAUAGCCUCUUUCACUCUCUCCCGUCAUGGUGGCUGGGUCUUUGCCUCGGCUCUCCUGCUUAUCUCUAUGUUACAUUUAUACUGACAGAUUCUGCCUCCUUGGCCAGCCUUCCGCCCUUGCCCACAUCGGCUUGUUCUCUCACUGGCUGGUGCUUCCGCCCCCUCCACACACACCCCCCCCGGCUCUGUCACUUAUAUCUGCUUGCCUUUCCCUACAGCCUCACAGUUUUAACCGUUUCUUUUUAAAAUACGACUCUUCCAGAGGGGACAUCUCAGUGCUGGUAAUGUAUCUGGAUUUUUCUCUGGAGGAAAAAACACCCCCACUCUAAGGGGGUGGUAAAAAGACCACUGCCGACAGGGCAAAGAGAGAGGCACCCUUUCACGUGGGGGCUCUCUCUCAUUUGGCGGGCGGGGGGGACGGGACGGGGGACGACUGUCUUUAGUCAGCCCUCCGCAUGGCUGUUGCUGGGGUCUCCCCUUGUGUUCUUUUUCAGAUUGUGAGCCCCUUUGGGACAGGGAGUCAGCUUCUCGUUCUUCUUGCUGUGGAAACUGCUUUGAGAACUUUUGGUUGAAGCGUGGUAGUAUAAAUAUUCUUAAAUAACAAAAGGGAAAUGCGAGGGAGACCAUCUAUUUCAAGCGUCAGAAUGCAUCACUUUCUUAAGUCAGUGUCUGUAGUCCCAUCUGUUGUGUGCAUUGAAGUCACUGAUGAUAAAACUGUGAUACUAAACAUCAUUUAUGCCAAUAAAUUAUUAUUCUGUCA